CGAAACCCGUUCCUGCGUUUUCGCUGCUAUCCUACUUCCGUCAGAGAGCAGCACCUACUAAUCGACGACGAUCGGAAAGCUUCGGAUAGCUUCGUCACUUUUCGCUUGUCAAUUAGAUUUUCCAUUUUCCGAUUAUUUCCAGUUCUUGUCGGUACUUGUCAAAGGUGCGAUCUCCAAUUGUUUACUUGUCGAUAUUUUUGCCAUAGUUGCAAUUUUUUUGCACGUGCAAAAAAUCAGUGGAUUUCGCUCAGUGGUGGCGUUCGGGUUUAUUCUCGAUCGAUGCGCCCUCCCAAAAUUCGCUUCAAACAAAAGGAAAUAUAAUCGCGGAUUCCGGGUAGCACAGAUUGCUAGAUUUUCGUAUGACGAAUUUUUCUCGUAUCGGAGCAGUUUUCCCUGUUGUUGUCCCUGCAUCGGCUUGAAGAUGAAGAUUUAUAAAUGUUUAACAAUAAAGCAGUUUAUUAGAAGUCCUAAGACUGUCAGUAAAGCCCAGUUCUUUAUUUAAAAACGUGGAUUGAACAAAAGUGAGGUUAAGUUUUACAUUUUUCUUUUAUUUUGUGGACUGUGACACUAGAUCUAAAAAUUCCGGUGUGAAUCAUAAAGUUGGCGAUUAUUAUUGAGAUAGACAUUGAAGGACACUCAUCACACCAGAUUUCAAUUUAAUAACGUGUAUACUCCUAUUUCGUUCGUAAAUGUCCCCAAAACCAAGUAUUAUGUAUAAAAGUGAAUACAACCAGUAUCUGAGAGUCGUGUGUGCGGUAAAUUUGGACAAAAUCAGCGGCAUUUGCACGAAUAAGAUGCACAAUGUAGAGUCUGCAUUUGUAACUUCAAGCAUUGGGUAUCGAGCAAAGAAUGAUCCAGGAGACUGACAUAUGUUCAGAGGCUGCUUCCACUAUGCAUAUAUGACGUUUACUUGAUACCCUUUUUCACCUGGAUAAUUUUAGUUUUCUGUUCAGCAAAAAUGAGGACCUAAAGGAGACAAUCUUCAAAGAAUUACCACUCACUUCAAAGAAUUGUGAGUGGGAUCAGAGAAAAUAGGGUUGCUGAGCAACCCUCAAGCCAGUGGUGCAGAACUCUAGUGGUGAUACAGAUAUUGGUUGUCAAACUGUUCUUUUUGGACUGUGUGAUAGCUGUGUUAUAGUGUCUAGGAUAUAUUAAAAAUAAAUAAUAGUAUUUGUUAAGUUACUAUAUUACCAUAUCAGCAUUGUAAAAAAUUUGAUGUGAAAAUGGAUACCAAAAAUAUAUUUUCAAAGUUGUUUAGCAAUAAGCAAAGAACCGACUUCAAGACCGAGGAGCAGAAUGAAGGACUUCUGAAAGGUCCUCAUAAACUAGACGAGUUCACGAUGGUGCUAAACCGGGGCCACGACGACGAGAUGAAACUCUGUUGCUUCAGGCGCAGCACCUCCAAAACCGUUCUCACUUACCUGUUCUUCGUUUUGACAGCUGGAGCGCUAAGGCUGCUCUUCCACUGGAUCCCGCAUUUGUACUUGCUGGCCACCUGCGAGCGGUGCAAGGUGGAACAGGCCGAGAAAGUACUUAUUACAGAAGUCUACGAUGGCAAACACAAAAUAUACCACGUAAAAGAUUUAAAAAAUCUGACUCUGGAGAGUGUAGCCAAAAUACAAAAAGAAGAAAUUAGCGUACAAGUAACUUCAGAUGCACCAUCAGCUCUGUCUGUACAUUUUGAAAAGGGGGAGUUUCGAGAACUUGAGAGGAUAUUAUUAUUCAACUGUAAAAAAGUGACAUACAUAUGGAGCGUUGAUAAGCAGGAAUUUGUGAAGUUGUCUGGAUUGGAUAAAGGAGUUUCCAGUGAUGUACUUCACGAUUCGAUCAGAGGGUUGUCGUACACUGAACAGUUCAUGAGAUUGCUGGUGUACGGCCCAAACAGGAUCACCAUCAAAGAGCAGUCAAUUUUGACAUUGUUGUUCCUGGAGGUGCUGAAUCCGUUUUACAUUUUUCAAAUAUUCAGUUUCAUCUUAUGGUUCGCCGACAACUAUUAUUACUAUGCACUGACUCUUAUGAUUAUGGCAGCUUUUGGUAUCACUAUGACCGUCACGCAGACUAGAAAGAACCAAAGAAAUUUGAAAUCGACAUGCCACAGUAGCGACGUGUGCACGGUGCGUAGACGUCUGUCUGACGGACCCCUGGAUGAAACUGGCGAAAAAGACAGAUACGAAACGAUCUCCACGGAACUGCUAGUUCCUGGAGAUAUCUUGGAAAUACCCUCCCACGGUUGCACGAUGUUGUGCGAUGCUCUACUGCUUACUGGCAACUGCAUUUUAAAUGAAUCUAUGUUGACGGGUGAGUCUGUCCCGGUUACGAAGACUGCAUUUCCAAAUAUUCCGAAUAUCGUAUACGACCCAAAAGAGCACGCGCGACAUACGCUGUUCAGCGGAACCAAAGUUAUACAGACGAGAUAUUUUGGCGAUGAAAAGGUUUUGGCUGUGGUCGUCAGAACUGGAUUUUCUACUGCCAAAGGUAGUCUAGUCAGGAGUAUACUCUAUCCUCCUCCGGUGGAUUUUAGAUUCGAGAAGGAUUCCUAUAAGUUUGUUGCUGUGUUAGGAUUAGUAGCAUUUACUGGAUUCUUAUAUACACUCAUAACUAAGUUGAUGAGAGGUGUAGAGGUAGGAGAAUUAGUGAUCGAAGCUUUGGAUUUGAUAACGAUCACCGUGCCACCUGCUCUGCCCGCGGCCAUGACUAUUGGUAGAUUUUACGCGCAGAGCAGGCUGCAAAAGAACCAGAUUUACUGCAUAUCGCCCAGAACCAUCAACGUUUCAGGGUCCAUCAAUUGCGUCUGCUUUGACAAGACUGGAACCUUAACUGAAGACGGUUUAGAUUUAUUAUGCGUAGUGCCGAUCGAAAAUAAGCGUUUCAAGCAGUCUGUGAAUAACGUGGAAAGUAUGCCGUAUGACACUCUGCUUUAUGGACUUGUCUCCUGUCAUUCUCUCACUGUAAUCGACAAGCAAAUAGUCGGAGAUCCCCUUGAUAUGAAGAUGUUCGAGAGCACAAAAUGGGUGAUGGAAGAAUACGAAGUGGCCGACAACAGCAAAUUCAACAUGAUCUUCCCGACAGUGUUCAAGCCACCGAAAUCCUCCGCUUCCAAACCCCAGGACCUGGAUUUUGACGAUCUGCAGAUCGGGACGCUUCGUGAGUUCCCGUUCUCGAGCAGUUUGCAACGGAUGGGCGUUAUCGUCAGGAGGCUGAACGGUACCCACUUUGAGUACUAUUGCAAAGGAUCGCCGGAGAUGAUACUGAAUUUUGUGAAGAAGGAAUCGGUACCGGACGAUUUUGGAGAUGUACUCGAGAGCUACACGCAGGAAGGAUAUAGGGUCAUCGCCAUAGCGCAUAAGGUUUUGAAGAUGUCGUAUGCGAAAGUACAAAAAGUACAGAGAGACGUAAUAGAAAAGGACCUUGAUCUGUUGGGCUUGAUUGUCCUUGAAAAUAGGUUGAAACCUGACACUACGCCUUGUAUCCAAUCCCUCAAUGAUGCAAAUAUAAGAGUCAUCAUGGUCACAGGUGACAACAUCCUGACAGCCCUGAGCGUCGCAAAGGACUGCGACAUAAUCACGCCCGGUCAGAGCGUGAUCACAGUCAACUGCGACUUGGACGGCACCGACCCUCCUCACAUUUACUACACGCUGGCCAGCAUGAAAAACAAAGCUGCCGUGACGUCAUCAAUUCCCAACGACGUCAGCAUGAUGACCAAUUCCGUCAGCGCUGUCAGCUUGGAGACGGUCGAGAGUCAGUUGCAGACAACGACGGCGAACAGUUGUGCGCCCGUGUUGAAAGCAGAUGCUAACAGACCGGCGAUGCUGUAUAAUAAUUAUAGGUUUGCGAUGACGGGGAAGGUGUGGGCUGUUAUCAAGGAGUUCUACCCGGAGUUGCUGCCUAGGAUAUGCUCCAGAGGUAGCGUCUUUGCAAGAAUGGCGCCAGACCAAAAGCAGCAAUUGAUACAGGAAUUACAAAGCCUGGGAUACUAUGUUGCAAUGUGCGGUGACGGAGCGAACGACUGCGGAGCGUUAAGGGCGGCUCACACGGGCAUCUCCCUUUCCGAAGCCGAAUCCUCCGUCGCGUCGCCGUUCACCUCGAAAAACCCGAACAUCACCUGCGUGCCGAACGUCAUCAGAGAAGGCCGGGCGGCUCUAGUCACCAGCUUCGGCAUCUUCAAGUACAUGGCGGCCUACUCUAUAUGUCAGUUCUUUUCGGUCAUCAUGCUCUACGGUUACGAGUCUAAUUUGACAGAUAUCGAGUUUUUGUACAUCGACUUGGCGAUCAUCUCGGUCAUUGCGUUUUUCUUCGGUCGGACCGAGUCUUAUCCCGGCAAGCUGGUUAAAGAAACGCCCCUCACUAGCUUGAUAAGUGCUAGUCCUAUACUCAGUUUGUUCCUGCAAAUCAUGCUCGUGAUAUUGUUUCAAGUAGUGGCAUUUGAGCAUCUAAAGUCUGAGCCGUGGUACGUUCCGUUUAACUACACGAUGUUCAAAGAAGAUGAAGUUGCUUGCGUUGAAAACUAUACGAUCUUCACUAUAUCUAGUUUCCAGUAUAUUAUUUUAGCUGUAGUUUUAUCCAAAGGUUACCCGUAUCGUAAGAGUAUCUUCUCUAACUAUGGUUUUAUUAUCAGUAUCAUUCUGAUUACAUCGUUUUCUAUCUACCUGGUCUUAGACCCCGUCGAACCCUUAGCCAGAACGUUCCAGUUGGUACUGCCUGAAGAUUUCACCUUCAGAUUGUAUCUUUUGGUGUACGCUAUGGUCAAUUUCCUUGCCAGUUUGUUCGUGGAAGAGCUCUUGAUCGAGAAAAUAGUCUUCAAACAGCUUCGGUUCAAGUUCCACAACGUCAAGAAGUCUAAAAAGAAAUACCUGGCGGUGGAAGCCGAGCUCAACAAAGACACGAAAUGGCCAGUAUUAACGUCGGAUUUCAGAUCUGCCGCUAGUCCUCUAAGUCCUCAACCCACUUGCACCGCAGAAAUCGUUAUCGAAAAGGAGAAAUUCGACAGAAACCACGUGUUGAACAAGCUUUACGAGAAUACUAACGGAAAUGGAACUGCCGUUUCGCAGUCCCCGCAAAAGGUGCAAAACGAACAUUUUAGCAACGAGGAUCUAUUGUUCUCGAGUCUUCCCUCCGAGCAAGUGACCAGUCCGAGCGAUACGUUCAAAAGUCUGAGCAACAAUUUCGAUCUGGCCAGUUCGAACGUGAACAUACCGGAACUGCCUUACGAUGCUGGUUCUCCCGUUAAGGUGGUUUCAGACGUGGAAAGGAACGACGACGUAUCUCAUUUCAAUUCGUUCGGAACCAGUCCUGUUCGCCAACUCGACGUAGUCAUACCUUUAGAGAUGAACAAUCUGGAUACGAACAGGUGAGACGAUGCAGGGUGCAUUUCAGUAUUUAUUUUCGCUUACAGGAGGUACUUAAUGAACUGGUACUUUUAGAAGUAUUAUUCCGCAAGAAAUGUGAUGCGGAAAUGUAAAAAGGAUGUUGGAAAUACGUACAGAUUUCAUGCAGUUAUAGCGUGUUUGACUGGUUGGUACUAGGAAUGCCGCGCGAUGUGCCUGCCAGGCAGACCCGCCUGACUUUGGCGUCCCAUCCUAACCGUGUCGAACUUCGUACAUCCAUAACUGGUCGAUACGACCGCUCCUUUGUCCCGAGAGUGUCGAGAUUGUGGAACAACCUACAAGAGGAAGCUGUUCGCAGUUCCACUAACCUUAAGCAGUUCAAAAAUCGUAUUAACAAAAUUUAACUUUGAGAUCAUCCUAGCAGCCGCGGUGUUCCGGCAUUUAGGCUUCUGCCUGCGCGGCUGCUUCGAUAUAAAAAAAGUGUCCCAAGGACGAAAAAAGAUGACUUGAUCCGUUUAAUUUCUCUAUUAUCCCAGAUAUAAUGUCUAUGGUCGAUGCUGAACAUAAUCGUCUAUGAACUGAUGACGGCGGUACGUGGAAAGUGCAAAGUCAACCUACGUGACGUCAUUUUUUAAAUACAGAAGCCAUAUUAAUUAUGUGCUUCCUGGAUAGCCCCACCCCUCGCUCUUCAAUCUUGAAUCGCCCCCCCCCUUAGAGACAAUCAUCUUGCUAAACUCUGACCCUAAAAAUCCGCCAUUUUCGGUUAACCGCAUUUUCAUAACUGUUUAAAUUGGUUUCGGUUAACUAGUUAACCUUUAACUGAAUUUUUAUCAAUAACCGGCCCACCCCUAAUUAGUACCAACCAACCAUUUUUCUAAAGAUGUCAGUUAAGAUCACUGUAAAACUUUAACCCAAAUAAAUGAAAUAUUUCGCAGAUCCAAAGUUAUCGGGUCCUUGUAGGGCAUUUGCAUUUUUUGGAGCUCCCGUGAGAAGCCGGAAUGGGAUCGAAUUUUCAUAUUUAGCAUGAUCUUGUGUACAAUUUUUGGUAUUUACCGGUUCUCCCAAAUUUUUGGGGUAGAUACACUUCUGCGUUUCAAGAAGUUUUGGAGACGAGACAGGUACACUUUCAUAAAAAGUUCCGAUCGCCCCCCCUCAUGAGAAAAAUUCCUGCGGGCGCCCAUGUUAAUGAGUUUAGAAAAACCCGGUCUCGAAUUUGUCACGGCCCUGUACAAUUUUAUUUAGUACGUAUUUCCAAUGCCUUUGGAUUUAGAAAAUACAUUAUCCUCAUGCAAAAAUGCAUUUUCCAUGUAUUUACCACUCACAACAGUGAUUCUCAGAAAACUGCCGUAGUCUUAUCAAAGUAUGUUUCCACAAAAAGACGAAUAUCAAAAGAAUAUCUGGGAUGCUAAAUCUCUGGUAAGUAUUUUAUUACCAUCAAGCAUUCUUUAUUCUUAAUUUUCACAGAUUUUGCUUUUAACGAGGCCUGUAAAUUAGUGAUGAGACUGUUUUUUUUUUAAUUUCCAUUCAAAUAUAUUGUCACUCUCAAAAUAACUUCAUUCUGAAUCUCAGUUUAGAACACAAUAGAAAAAACUGUUUCACCGAAAAAAAAAUCGCAAAGUAGACCAAAUCACUCGAGCGAGUUCAGGCUUGUACUGAAGGCGGAUCACAUGUUUUCCUGUCUCCCCUACAAGCCCGGCGCCGCCAGUGUUGCCAGAUCGAACGAUACGUUGGCAGUCUCAUCACUUAUUUUACAGAUCUCGUAAGAUGCCGAUUAAUCAGGUUUUACAUACUUACGUACAAGAAAUCGUCUUGCUAUUGGGAUGAAUUCCUCCAUGUCUACUUAUUUUUUCUUUAUAGAAACCUAUGCAUAAAUAUAUAUUUAUAGUAUUUUGUUACAUAUGUUAUUUAUACUUAUUAAUUAUUUAUGCUAUAUUUAUUAAUAGCAUACAGUCGGUAUUUUCAGAAUACCUCAAUAGUCAAAUAAAAAUGCAAAAUUAUACAGGCUUUGGAAUUACUGACUGUAGGACACAUGAAAUUUUGAAGUGGCUGAUGAUUCAGAGAAAAAUUGUUUUUCUAAUGUAAUACUUAAAACUUAUCAUGUGGUGUUCAUGCUGAUAGUCCUCCAUGUUUGGCCGUUAAAUGAAAGUUAAUAAUAACGCUUUUAUUGCCCAACAGUGUAUACCAUUUACAGAACAAAAAGCAGUAAUAUAGCUUACCUUACUAGACACGUCACACUCGUCCAUCGUCCCGAAAACGUCAAAAGUCCUCUGAAAACGCGAAAACUCACCCAGAAAUGUUGUCGUAAGACACCGGUUAAUUGUUAUAUAAUCUUCUGCUGCAAAUACUGAUCAAUAAUAAUAGCUUUUAUUUAACCUGAAGGGUGUCAGAUAAAAGCUGCUUUUCAUAUCAAAUAAAAUUACAAUACAAAGUUCAUGCAUUUGGAUAAAAUAUAAAGAAUUUGAAAACGAACGUGUUAAGAAUACAUUCAAAACUAACUCCAAAAUGCUAAAAUUUACUAAAACAAUUGCCGUACUUUUGGCAGUUAAAAGGAAGUGGAAUAAAAAAUAGGGAAAACGUUAAUUCUAAUAUUACGACAAGUCACAGUUAUUAGAGGCAGUUUUACACAAGUUUAAAACUAGACAAUAUAAAGAGUUUUUGACAUAUUUUUCAAAACAUAGUUUUUCACUUUCAAGCUGUCAGGGAGCUUAUAGAGAUAAAUUGCAACAAAAGAACUUAGUAAAUAGGGUGAUUCUGCUCUGCACUACGUGUGCAUUGUUAAUGGAUCUGAAAUGCCAACAAUAAUUCGUCAUUUGUAAUUAUAAUAACAAUCUUUAUUCCCAAUCGCAAGAAUAAUAAAUCUAUAAUAAACAGCAAGUUCUAGAUUCUGUAUAAAAGUUUUUACUUCAUGCAUUUAAAAGAUAAUGAAAAACAGAAUGACAGUAAAAUUGACAAAAAAUAAAUAUCUAAAAUGAUGGCUCCUUUUGCAAAAAUAAACAUCACUGUUAAGCACGGCAUAUGUUUGUUUAAAACUACUUAAAAUCACCGGAAUGGUUUCAUUAUUUAUAUCGCAUCCUUGAUAAGUGACAAGUACAUCACACAGCUUUUUAACAAGAGACAAGUCCGUUACGUUAGUUCUACUCCUAGAGCAGUAAAAAGUUGCAUUAAAGCGAGUUGAUCUCUUUGGUACCACAAAAUUGAUUUCAGAUAAUUCCGGGCAAUCAAGUUAACCAGACUAUGAAGCACUGUAAUAUCCUUUAGUUGACGACUGUAAACCAAUGUAUCAACGUUCAUGACCUGAAGUAGCAUAUAAAAACAAGCGAACUCUCAGCUGGAAGUCAGAUAAACUUUAUUGUCAUCAGAACUGUCAUUUGUUCUUUAAAAAGGCUACGCGUCGUCAGUCAACAGUAUUUCAAGCGAAUGUGGUUUCAUUUAGCGGCCACAAACAUGAAGGAUUAUAAGAUUUGUUGUCCUAUCUUUUCGACCGAGUAUCUACUAGAAUUAGAAUGUCUAAAGUGUGAAAAACAGUUAACAUUUCGUAAUUUUACUUCCGAUCUUUCAAUUUCAGUUUGACGGUGACCAUAGCAUAGCGUCUAAGUACUUUAUGCAAAACCACCCAUUACAAAACAUCUACAGGGUUUCUGAUAUAUAACCGACUGGUUUGUAUCUUGAAUAUUUGUGAAAUGAAAAAAAAUACGUCAAUUUUUUUCAUCUUCAUAUUCAGGUGUUUUUUCAAAUUUCCGAACGGUGUUCACACUGGGCACAUUAUUUUUCCAGUCUUGUAGCUUCAGAAUCGUAGGAACAAUCGACUCAUUAAGUAAAACGUCUUAACAAUAAGGACGCGUUGUGGGAUCGUCUAGCGCUCCAUGAUGUUACAUGAGCUUUAAACACCUACUGAAAUGUGUGUAUCAAAAUGGCGCGCCAUUUAAAUCAGUCAGUUAUAUAUUGGCCACCCUGUAUCUCUCAAUAAUGACCAAAAUCUUUACAUCAAAUACAUAUUUUCUUAAACCACAAUCAUCUGCUUGUUCAAUUAUUCUUUGUGUACUUAAAUCAAUUGAUACUUAAGUGAUUUUUAGUGCCCUAAUUUUUGCUGUGGAAUGAAUGUAAAGAUUGGAAGAUUUAGUUUUAUGUCAAGUACCACUUUUGUCUUUUUACGUUCCUAGGUUUUCGGUAGUAAUUUUCGCGCGUUAUAACCGAGAUUCAAAAUAUAUAUUAUCGAUAUAAAAAAAUGGUUAAAUGGUGCUUGACGUGUAACAAUCUUCCAUCUCCUGUCCAUAGUCUUGAUAGUGAUAGUAGAUUUAGGUAUGAAAGUGAUUCUAGGAAAAUUAGGUAUGAUUUUUUUUACCAUUAGUUGUUAUUCUUAAAUUAGUAAUUUCAGCUGUCAAAAUUAGGUUAUUUUGUUUAUACGCGUUUUGCGUUAAAUUCCUUGAACAGAUGUGGUAUUGUUGAAUCCAUAUUGCAAGUACGUUAGGACAUGUUUCGGAAAACAAUCAGUGCAAUGCUCAGCAGAACACUCUAAAUAAAAAGUGUCUA